GGAAGGUAAUAAUACGUCUUACCUCCUUCCAGUUGAAAGUUCUGUAUUCGAACACUGACUGAGCCUCCGUAGGCUACUGAAUUUAAUUAUAUUAGAGUGAGGCGAAGUGAGACUCCAAAUUCACAUCGUCUGUUGAUAGUUACUUGUCAUAGCAUUCAAAUUUUGCUGUGAAUUUGCCAGCUCUCCUUUUUUUACAGUGAAGACGAGAUAAAUUCACCAUGUCAGAUUCCCCGAAUGAAUUCAAGUUGAGCAACAUGCCCAAUGAUGGCAUCAGUUCAGUCAAAUUUGGACCCAACUCUAAACAGUUCCUUCUUGUGUCUUCUUGGGAUGACAGUGUCCGUCUGUAUGAUGUCGUUGCAGACAGUAUGCGCUUUAAGUAUACACAUUCCGCACCAGUGUUGGACUGCUGUUUCUAUGAUGCAGUCCAUUCAUUCAGUGGAGGUAUUGACAAGCAAUUGAAGAUGUACGAUUUUAACUCAAGCUCAGAUCAAGUGGUUGGAACUCAUGAUGCACCAAUUCGUUGUGUUGAGUAUUCUCCUGAUGUCAACCUGGUCAUCACAGGAAGUUGGGACUCCACCGUAAAGUUAUGGGACCCUCGCAAUCCUAGUGCAGUUGGUAGCUUAUCACAGCCAGACAAGGUGUACACAAUGUCAGUGUGUGGCGACUCUUUGAUUGUUGGCACUGCAAUGAGAAGGGUGUUGGUUUGGGACCUCAGAAAUAUGGGCUAUGUUCAGCAACGUAGAGAGUCAAACCUCAAAUAUCAAACCAGAUGUAUCAGAAGCUUCCCAAACAAACAAGGCUAUGUCCUCAGUUCUAUUGAAGGACGAGUGGCGGUAGAGUACCUUGAUCCCAACCCUGACAUUCAGAAGAAGAAAUAUGCAUUCAAAUGCCACAGAAUUAAAGAAAAUGGAGAAGAGUGCAUCUAUCCUGUCAACGCAAUUGCUUUCCACAAUGGCUACAAUACUUUUGCUACUGGUGGUUCAGAUGGCUACGUCAAUAUUUGGGAUGGUUUCAACAAGAAGAGAUUGUGUCAAUUCCACAGGUAUCCUACCAGCAUUGCCUCCCUGGCCUUCAGUCCGGAUGGGAGUGUUUUGGCAAUUGCUUCAUCCUUUAUGUAUGAGACUGAAGUUGAAAAGGUUCCAGCCCCUGAUUCAGUUUUCAUUCGUAAUGUCACUGACCAGGAAACAAAACCCAAAUCAUGAAACUGUAUGGAAAGUAUGUGAUGUAAUUAAUUAUUGUGCUUCGUACAUUUAAUGAUCAUGAUCAGUGCUGCCUAUUUGACAGAUCUGGUGUUCAAAGUGUUCAUGGCAGUGUUGAAGUGUUUGGUUUGACUGGUUUCAUUUUCCUUGUGGGUAGUGCUGGGUUUCUGAGAGGCAGCAGCUGAAUAUUUCUCGUCUCCCUUUCUCUCUCCUCCCCCUUUCUCUAUGGUACA